AGGUAGCUACAACUUCCUGAAUUUGGAAAACUUCCAUUAAUGUAGCAGCUAGGAACACUCUCUCCUAAAGCAGUGUGUCGUGGUAUGUCAGUAAUGCAUUUUUUUUCUAGCCAAUACUAGAUUGGAAUCCCUCUCUUGCUCAAUUCAUUGCCUAUUCUCAACAUCCAGUGGGGGUCCUGGUGUUUUUGAUGUGUCACCGGUGCAUAUACCCAAAGCUCUCUUGAAUUUUGGGUUCCUUGAUUGUGGUUGGUUCACACGUAACAACAUCCAUUGCCAUCAGAGCAUUUUGUGCCAAGUUUUCAGAGCAUUUGAAGACCAUGUGGUGUUGAAGACAAUUGGUUGUAGGAUACAUGAGAUAAAUUUAGCUACAUGGGGCUGGGGUUAGACUUCAGAGGGAAUAUCAUGUCCCUUAAAUAAUAUAACUCUAGAUUGACAUUAUAUAACUGCAAGUCUGCAAUCCAAAUGAUAUCAAAAGAAAUUUCAAGCCAAAGAUGCUGUCAGGGAUGUGUGUGGUGAGAAGAGACAUGUGGACUAUUUAACAACAUAGAAUAAGUCAGUUAGAUCAUCCACUUUUCAAGGAAACUUGCAGUGAUCUUCUCAGUUUCAUUAACUCUUGGAAGAUUUAGUCAUAUAAACACAAAGAACCAUUUCAUGCAUAAUUUCAGAAUUCUGUGUAACUUCUGAGGUUCUAUGUGUGAUUAAAAUUACAUAGAAGGGUUAUUUUACUAGUGAAAUGGACAAGUACUUUGAAGGGUUAGAUGGUAGAUUCAGAGUUUCUAUAACAGAUUCAACCAUGAUGAAGAUUCUGCAUUCUGCGAUGGAUAAGGCACAUGAAAGAGUUCAAUCUAAGGAAGGCGUGAUGGGUCGCUUGAAUGAGAUAUCGAAAUUUUAUGAACUUGCGGUGAUGCAAUUAGAGGGAUGUAUGAAGUUUGUUCAAGAAGAAACAGAAAGUAAGACUCUUGAGAGCAGCCAUGAAGACAUUCUCAUGGACUUGACAGAAGUUCGAGAUCGUCUUCAAGGACGCCUCAAGGAAGCAGAGCUAGCAAUCUUGGAGAAGGACAGAGAGUUGGUGGAAAGAUUAGAAAAUGAGUGUAAACUCAGGCAAGAACUAAAACUGAAAGAGGGAGAAUUGGGUUCUGCACGCGCUAGUCUUGAGCUUGAAAGAACAAAAAGUCCCGGCGUUGAGGAUUUCAUUCUUGGCAAUCGAGUAAACGUGGACGAAGAAAGAGAUGAUGCAUUUUAUGAGCUGAAGCAUUCAGUGGAUCAGCAGGUAUGGAAUAUCAAACAAAAACUAGAUCUUGAUCAUAAACUUGAGGAACUAAACGAAAAUAUUGAUGAUCAACAUAUAGCGCAGAUGGGUUCAGACAUUGACAUCUUAAAAGGAACUCUGGACAUUGCUUUUGGAAAUAUGCAGAAUGCCAUAUUUUUGUCUGAAUUGGGUCCAAUAGAGCAGCAAUGGGGGUGCAGCAUUGAGAGGGAUGCAACUGCUAUUUUGAUCAAAGGUUUUAUACGGGAUGUUGAGGAGAAAUUUGAAGCAGAAGUAAGGAGCGAAGUCAAGCAAUCGGUUAGGUUGAGCAAGAAUUUGUCUGAUAUUAUGUCAGAAGUUACAUGUUUGCGUGAUGAACUUGAGGCUUUCAGUAAUCAAUUUGAGGUUCAGGUGAAAAAGAUCAGAGGAAGUGAGGCUUUAUCAUCCAAAGGUAAUCUUGAGUCUAAUGUUCCUCUGAACAUCAAAAGAAGAUCUUUAUCAGAAAACGAUUGCUCCAACAAACCUGACGACUUAUCCUUGAAGGUGAAAGAAGCAAAUCUCAGUGAAGAAGAUCAAAAAGACGAUGGUGGCCACAGUGUAGCUAAGAUCAUAAAGAAUCAUGAAUCAAUUAUACGGAGAAAAAGUGAGGAGCUGAAUUGGUUAAAGCGAGAAUUUCUUCGAGAAAAAUCCUCCAGGAGAGAAAAGGAUCCUGUCAGUUUGAAGAGCAGGAUCCAGGAUGUUAUCAAUAGAUUGGAUGGCUUAAUAAACUUGAAUGCUAGUAUCGAUGAAAUAGUUGGCGAGCAUAAAAGAAGCAUUACAAAGAUAGCUUCUCCACAGAAAAAGCUGUCCAAAUUUUUUGCAAUAGAAAGCAAGAAUUCAGAAACUGAGAACUUCGAUGAUAUCUGGUUGAAAAUGAAUCAAACUUUGCCCUCCAAUGCAGAAAAUUUAGAUUCACCAAGCCAAAUAAAGAUGUUGAAGCAAGAAAUUGAAGAUGCAAAUUUUCAAACCAUGAUCCUGGAGGGGACUUAUAGCACUCUACUAAAAGGUUUGUCAGAUGAAUUUCAGGAUGACUUAUCCUUUGAUGAAUUAAAGAGCUCGAUUAGAGACGGAAUAUACGAAAUAUUUUUCAAAGGAAUGAUUAGUGAGUGUUAUGGAAACAUUGAAAGUCACGAAAAUGAAGCCCGGACCAGAGAAGAGAUCAAAAACAUUGUCUUCAAUGAAAUCUAUUGGGAAUGGAAGGAUGGUAUUGAAACAUACAUCUCUGAAUGCCUUAUUAGAGAAGAGAUAUACGGGAUUGUCUUUGGUGAAACCCUCAGCAAUACUGUGUGUGCUGCUAAUCAUACAAUAGGCGAACUGAAAGAUAUUGAAAUUUGUAUACAUGAAGAGUUGCUUCGAAGUGCAGAAAAUUCACUGAAGGAGGAUGUUUCUUUGGUCUUCAUUAGGGAAGUCAUUGAGGAGUGGAAGAUGGAAGCAGAAGCUUAUGACAUUGAGAUUUGGCUUAAGAACGAAAUCUACCAAUUUAUCGUUGUUGAGGCUGCAAAAGAAACUUUUACUGUUUUUUGUGAAACUGAAGCCCCAAAUCAUGGAAAAUCUUCACGCUCUGAAACGUCUUACAGAGAUCCAGAGGCUAGCAUUGAUGACGCUUUGGUCCAAAAACUUGGCUCAUUACUGAAAUUGUUUGAAGUUCAGGAGGACUUGCUAUUAAGAGCAAGUUCAGAAAUAAAUGAAUGCAGUGCACACCUAGUGUUAAAUGAGCUUGAGAUGUCUCAAGAAUCGUCAAAUGAGAAGCGAAAGAAUUUCUUAUCAGUGAGUAGAAAACUUCAGAAAGCUAUGACACAAUUAGCUGAAAGCAAGUCAGUAUUGCUCAAGUUAGGAUGUGAUAUACGUGUAGCAGUUGAAGAUGUAGAAAGGCUGCAUCAUCAGAUGACUCCGAACGCUGCAUUAGUACAUUACAAGAGACAAUCCCCCUGGUUACUAACAAGUGGAACUCAUAAGCCAUCUGAUCCUGUGAUUACAGCAAUACUAGAAUUUUCACAAGGAAUAAUGCAUUUUGAGCACACAACAGAAGACAAAUUAGGGAUCAACAUGUUGAGGUUGAAAGAAGCGAUGCAUCAUUUCGAUUGGCUGACUGGUUUCGCUGGUUCUCUUAGAAAGAGCGAAUUGCUUUACAGGACGGCUUUUAUGAACAGAUGCCAGAAUCUCCAAAAAGCUGAAAAAGAGGUGGAUCUAUUGGGAGAUCAAGUGGAUAGACUUCUAGACCUUCUUGAGAGGAUAUAUAAAAUCCUGCAUUGCCAUUCCAAGGUGUUGGAACAACAUUUUAAGGUCUCAGAAGUUUUACAUUUGAUCAAGCAAGAACUGACUGAAGAGGUCCCUGUGCUUAGUAAGUGAUCCAAAGAUGGACACAAGAAAGAAACGGCAGAGAAAGAUCCUACCUUGAAUGUCCCUGCAGAUGAAUUUUUGG